CGGGUAAUUUCAACAUGGAAGGUCACGGUUAAAUUUUCUUCGAAAUUCAACCAAAAUAAUGGAUAUAGUAGCCAAAUCAAGGCUUGACCCUGAUCCUGUACAACCUAGUAACAUAAACCUGCUAGAAAUAGUUCUCCCGCGAAAUGUUGUUGAGGGAUGUACUGAAGUGUUUCGCAACUCAACACAGACUCUUAACUUUAAGGGAGAACAUUCUGACACAAAUGUUAAGAUUGUGCGUCAAGGCAACGACAGUGUGAGUUUAAUACUUUGCGGUACACCAUGUAUUCAAGUACGCGACCAGUUACACUGCAUUGUGCACAAUGUACAACAUUCAGCAGAAAAACAACCAAAAUGUGAUAACCUCAAAUCACAUAUUGAUGAAAAUCUCAAUGUUAAACACGAAAAUCAUAAGAAUAAUGAUGACCAUACUCAUCAUAAGGAUGUAACAGAUGAAGCUAAUAACUCUGUAUAUCAGAAUCAAGUGUUUGAUUACACACGCAGUAUCCUCGAUGCAAACUCGAACAAAACGAAAAUCCCAGAUCGGCAUCUUGAGCAGGACUCGAUGGAAAAAAGUGGACUUCCAGAUAGGAUUAAGUUUGAGAGAGACUCAACAGAUAAAGGAUAUGCGACGGAGAGUGAGCAUGACAAGUCACCAAAUUCAACAUCAAUAUCGCAUCAACGUAAUGAACCUGAUAACUGCAGUAACCAUGACAUUUCAGGGGUGAUUAGAAAGCCCCUGGUGAAAAGAUUGAUUGAUUCAUGUAGUCAUGUGAGUCGACCCCACAGUGCAGGCUCUCAUUCACAUGGGGGUUCCAAUUCAAAUACAGGGGCUAAUUCACACGGAGGCUCUGUCAACCCAUCUUUAAUGUCACCUCCAAUUUAUCCGCAUAAAAAGCGCCAUUGUGUAGCAAGGACUAAUGUAUCCCCUCUGCUGUCGCCUGAACGAAGGACUUUAUACUCAUGCAGUGUGUGUGAUAAAGAGUUUGUGUCUGAACCAGCCCUUAAUGAACAUGUGGCUAGGACACAUGAUCCAACUAGCCCUGGCAUGUUUAAAUGCAGUUUGUGCAAUGCUGAAUUCCCAAGUAGAUCUGAGCUCGAUAACCAUAAUACUGUUCAGCAUUCACCCUCCAUAACAGGUUUGAAAUGUCCAGUCUGUGGUGUUGAGUCUGACACGGAGGGUGGUUUGAUGAAACAUCUCCAAAUGGUUCAUGGACCUCCUGGUAUGGCAUAUGGCUCUGGAACCACCCUACCACCUAUCUCAAUGGCUUUUGGGCCAUUUCCUCAACCAAUUAUCCCCCCAGGGAUGCAACCCCAGUUAAGCCCCCAAGGUGGCGUAAACCCAAUUAAUCCUUAUAUUUACAAUAACAUGUAUCCAGCAAACUUCCAAUGGCCGCUGUUAAAUUCACCCCAUAAUGCACCUAUGUUAACUCCACUGAAUUUUAAACACCUUCCCAAAGGCCCAGGGCCUACCCCCUCAAGUACAAAUAACGCAACCGACCCCACCCCUGUAUACACAUGUGGCGUAUGUAGCAAUACAUUUCCGUCCCAAGACGCAGUCGAUAACCAUAUACAGCUUUCCCACCAGCCGUCCAAGCAAUUUAAUUGUACAAAAUGUUCAAAGGGGUUUCAGUCGAAUUCUCACUUGUGGCGCCACAUGCAAUCUCACCUGAAUCACAAACUCUACAAAUGUCCACAUUGUAACAAGGGAUUUAACUACAAGCAUAAUCUGAAGACACACGUCAUGUUUAAACAUGAGCAUAAACCACGAAAACGUAAAGGGGACAACACAACAAACCAUGAACCACCACAUGUUAAUACCGACCUUUUGCAAGGUCCAAAACCCCCAGUGGAGCCUCCAAGGGAUCCAGAUGCCCCAUUCUGUGCCCCAUGUAAUAAAACCUUCGCCAACAAUUUGACUUACACGUCACAUUUGAAGCUGGUACAUCAGACUUCUAGAAAGUUCCGCUGUCCUGUCUGUAUGAAGCUGUUCAAAACUAACGGAGAUCUUAAGCGUCAUAUAUUGAUCCACUCUGAGCAGAAACUCUACAACUGUCCACACUGUAACAAAGGUUUCAACUAUAGAUAUGUGUACAGGCAGCAUUUGACAACACACUAUGGUAACGCAGACAACUCUGAAGAACAGAUAGACAGAGAUAUAUCUUCCUCUAAAAAUCCAGUAUACGCUUUGUCUGAGGCCAACUGUGAGGUUAAAUCAGAAGGGUUUGAUGAAGCCCCCAUGGAUGCAAACCACCCUGAGGCAGAAAUCUCAAGUGGGGAGAACAGAAACAGGCCAAAAGCAGAUACAAAUACACCCCCUUUACUGAGCCCUAUCAAAACAAAGAGCCCUCCCCCUUAUAAUAUAAGCACCCAGAAUAAGCCAAAUGAAAAUACUCCACCCAUGAUGAGCCCAUAUAUACCACCCAAUGCCCAAAGUAAGGCUAAUACCCCUCCCGCAGUUAGUGUCUAUGUCACACAAGCAAAACCAAACUCCCCACCCUUGAUCAGCAACAAGCCUAACACCCCCCCCAUACUUAACCAAUACACACAAGUUAACCCUUAUAGUCCCAGGCAUGCCAUCUCCAGGGAGAACCCAUACCUAGGGAAAUACUUCCAGGAGAAGGAAACGGGAGGGUUAAGCUCUCAAGAUUCUGAUUCAAGCGCCAUCUAUAACCAGCAUGAUAAAGAUGUCGCUGUUGUUGGUGUAUAUAAUCAAGACAAAGACCCUGGGGUGUUAUACAGUCAUCAGGAAAAAGACCCUGGGUCCAUGUAUAGUCAGGAGAAAGAUCAGGGGGUAGGAGGGUACAGUCAACCCGACCCUAUGGAGCAACUUCCUAAGGUAGCAGCAACCGAGGCUAAAUACUCCCAGUGUGAUUUCUGUUUUAAAUUGUUCAACAGCCGGGAAGACAUGAUCGAACAUAUGAAAACUGUUCACACUAAAUACACAGCCAAUCAAUGUCAAGUUUGUUUUAAAUCGUUUAAAACAAAAGGUGAACUGACUCGUCAUAGCCGUAUUCACGAUGAGAAGAAAAUGUUUAGUUGUUCCAUAUGUAACCAAGGGUUCAAUUAUCGUUAUACGUUACGCAAACACAUGGAGGUCACCCACCCUGGUGUCAAUAUUGAUGAUCUGCAAAGCGUCGCUGAAAUCGAACACAAAUCUGAUGAUUUUUCACAUGAGCAUGGCGUCCCUGUGACUGCCUUAUAUAGCAACCCCCGUCUUCACGAGAAAUCGUUAACAGAAAUAGUCCAAGCUGCAGGAGGCCAACCUAACCCUGUUGGUCACCCACUUUCAAAUCAAACCAAUCUGGAUCAAAUGACAUCCAGUCUCCAAUUUAAUGAAUCUCGUGACGAUGCCAGAUAUUCACCUCUUACUCAAGAUAGAUCUCGUUUGACACCGGAUCUUUUCCCUGAGAUUAUCUGUACUGAAGUGAAAUAUGAAUCUGCUGGCUCAAUUAUCAGUGACUGUGAAGGUGAUGCCCCCGAAACUGUUGAUACAACACCUGAUGAUCCUGAUGUUGAAUCUAAUGAUGGCGGUUUUAACAGAGCUGAGGACAAGGAUGACUCACAUAGAACUUUACGCGAGACAUAUGCAGAGGGAGGGAGUAAAGAAGAAAGAAUGGCAUAUGAAUCUACUUCAGAGGGAGGAAGUAAAGAAGAGAGAACAACACCCGAAGUUAAGGAUCUAAAGGCACAGAGACAGCACUACCUGGAUAUCUACAGGAAACUCUUAGAAGCAAAACUGAAACAGUCCUCCCCUAAAACCAAUUCUGAUUCAGAUACACCUAGCACCAGCACCUCUCACUCUAUACAGGAGAACACUCCUGUGUCUAACUCGCCUCACGUGUUAAAAAACCCGCCGUUGAAUUCAUUAAGAACACCCACUGCCUCCCAGUUGCAUUUAACACCUGCUACACCCGGCUAUGAGAAUGAGUGUGACAUUUGUCAUAAGAUGUUUAAAACAAAGGGGGAUGUAAAACGGCAUAAAUUAAUCCACUCGGACAGUAAGCUCUUCCAAUGUAGCCAUUGUCAAAAGGGAUUCAACUAUCGUUACGUGUUCAACCAGCAUAUGCAGAAGGAACACCCGAAUGAAUCACAAAAUCCAAAAGGUGAACCACUUAAUGAAAAUCCAAAUUCAGUAGAUGGGGCUAGUGGUAAAAAGGUCCUAUCACUGAGUGACCAAUUAGAAUCCAUAUUAGAUAAUGCAGUUCAUGAUGUCGCAGAGAACAAUGAUGGUGUGACAACAGAUCAGACCACAACCACAUCUCAAUCUGAUGAAUCACAGACUGAUGACGAUAAAACAAAAGAACUCCAUAUUGACACAGGCGAGACAGACCAUAAACCACAAAUUGUUGAAGAUGUAAAACUUCCCUCUGGGGGAGUGGGAGGGGGUCCACCUGGGGGUCAAUCACAGUCUAUGCCUGGGGUAGGGGAAGGAGGGUUGCCCCAUAUUCCCUGGCAGUCCAUGUAUAUGUACCAGAGGUUUCCCUUUUAUGGAAAUUCAAGCUUCGAGAGAGGAUUUAUGACACCUGAGGGACCAUAUAUCAAGCCGGAUGUUGUCAAAGAGGAACAAGACGGCAAUUUCUACUGCCAGGUCUGUUUCAAAAGCUUCGCCUCAAAGAUGACACUCAGCGCACACGUGAGACUCGUCCAUAAGGCAGUACGAAGCCACGAGUGUCCUACAUGUCACAAGACAUUCAAGACAAAGGGAGAUAUUAAGCGCCACAUGGCCAUUCAUAGUGAUACCAAGCUCUUCCAAUGUGAGGUUUGUGGUCGCGGGUUCAACUUCCGGCACAACAUGAAGCAACAUGUUAAUAACGUUCAUCGAAAGGAGAAACAGGAGCAAGCUGCCAGUUAGACAUUCUUACACACUUUCUUCACACUUGACAUACAUUUCAUCUUGAAGGAGGUUUUCCCUUGUUGGAUAUGGGCCCAAAGGAGUGUCUUUGCUGAAUAAACUUAAAAAGUGAAAGGCACACACUGGUAGUUUUCCUUUGAUAAAAUGACUUGUUGGGGACCAAAGUCAUACAUCUGUGUCCCAUGGUCUAGUGUACUCACAGAAAAACAUUACAAAUGUUCUUAAUCCUGGUGUAAUAUAUAGUGAGAACAGUGUAAUAUACUUGUACAUGUAGUAUUAUAGUGUAGUAUUGUAGUGUACAUAUUAUAGUGUAGUAUUGUAGUCUAGGUGCUAGUACAGUGGAAUUAUUUUGUAAUGGAUCUGAUCCAACACAUAGAUGCAGAUGUAACAUAAAAUAUAGGAUGCACAUCAUCAAAUGAUGGAUAAAUGACAAAUUAUGGAUAUCUUCAAAUUAUGGAUACAUUUCCAAUUUUGGAUAUCUCCAAAUUAUGGAUACAUAUCCAAAUUAUGGAUAUGAUGGAAAUAUCUUGACUGCCUGAACAAUUUAUUGCAAGGAGUGUACAUAUACAUAAAACUAUGGAUAAACUACUUCUAAAUAUUGGAUAAAUUGAUCACAAAAUUAUGGAUACAUUGUGACAGGAAUGCAAAAUAAACGGAUAUUGCUAAACACGGAUAUGAAUGACUAAGAGGUAUUGAAUCUGCCCAGUUAGUAAGGGCUGAUUGUAAAAUGGCUUUGUGUAAAAAUGCACACAAGUGUGUGAGGCAUGAUAUAUGUUAAAAGUAAAGUAAACAGUGUACAUAUACAUGUAACCAUAGGUUAUAAACAGGGUGAUACAAAAAAUGCAAUCAUUUGAUUUUAUUGUGUCACCCUGUAUUAGAUAUAUUUCAUGCAUAGCAUAGGUCUAUAAUGCAUGUUUGCAUUUACAGACAUGAAAAUUACUCUAUAAGUAUUGUUUAUAGGGCAUAUGUUUACAGAUAAUGUACAGUUGUUUCCUCGAUGUAUGCAUGUUAUUAGUGUGUGUAAACAAAACAGUACAAUAUUAUAAAAUUAUACAUAAAUGUAAAGCGCAUAAUGUAUUAUGAGUAGGUAGUUAGUUGAAUUUGUAACAGGACAUUCAAAAAGUUUUGGAAAAUUGAAGUUUAAAGACAACUUUUCUUAGCAUCUUUUUGUGAUGAAAAUGGUGGAGAAAGCUUUUUUUUGUGUUUUGGUAAUGCAGAGGUUUAGAUUUUUAUUUUCAGUAUUUUAAAUGGAAUGUCCAAUAUGUGAAUAUUUAGCAUUAAUAAUAUCACACAGAAUUUUAUUUAUUCAAAAACUUUUUGAAUGACCUGGUACAUUUAUCAAAUGUAUACAUAGUAACUGUUAUGUACAGAAUUAUGUACUGUUUAUCAAGUACCAAAGAGUUUUACGAAGGAUGUACCAUAAAUUCUUAUAAAAUUUAUUGAUGGAUUUCUUUUCAUGAUGUAUGAAAAAUUAGCUUAAAUUGUCACAGUGGUCUUGUUAUUUUACUCCCAUUUUUCUAGGAUUUGACCGAAUUGUCUCAUCAAAUUUCUACUAAAAAGACAUGAUUUCAAAUUGAAAUCACCAAAUAACCACUCUUUAGAUAUUCACAAGGUGUUUCACUUUCAAAAAUUAUAAAUAAGGACCCCACGUCAACAUUUUUUUCAAAAUGAUGAACUUAUUUGCUUAAAAGAGGAUCUUCUUUUUCUGACUUUUAUUGCAUGAA